UGGCUCAAGUACCUGAAUUGUUUACAAGCUAGUCAUCGGGCCAUCCUUGCUUACUUGAUCGCUAUGGCCGGUUGGGCACAGCAGUGGGCGGAGACUGUGGCCCCCAUUCGUAGCGACUUGGGCUACGAGAACUCGGCCGAGCAGCUCCGCAGGAUUGCCAAGACGCAGCUCCUCAAACUGACAGAUAUCCAGAGGAACCCGCAGCGUUUCUUUGAGGCACACCGGCUGCUGGCCCAACAUGCCACACGUCUUGGCCCGGGUUUUUGGAUCCGAUUCACGGUUCACUACAACCUCUGUUUUGGCUCCGUCGUGGCGGUUGGCGACGACUCGCAGAUCGCGCAGAUGGAGGACUUCGAGAAGAAGGGGCUCCUGGGCUGCUUUGCUCUGACUGAGAAGCUGGCUGGCGUCAACAGCGGCAUGAUCGUGCAGACCGUGGCCGACUGGGACGACGCUGCCAAGGAGUUUGUCAUCGACUCUCCCACCGAGGGGUCCCACAAGAAUUGGAUCUCGCAGGGUCUCGUCGCUGACCUUGCUCUCGUCGUGGCGGACCUCAGGGUGCAGGGCAAGAGCCACGGGCCCCAUGCCUUCUUGGUAGAGUUCCGCAGAGACGGGAAGGUCGUGCCUGGCAUUGAGCUCGGCGACAUGGGCGUGAAAACUGUCGGGAAUGAUUUGGACAACGCGUGGAUUGCAUUCCACAAGCUGCGAGUUCCUCACAGCUGCCUCCUCCGGCGCUACGCAGAUGUUGAGCCUGGCAACGGCGGAAAGUACGUGAGCACCGCCAAAGGCUUCACCAACAUGAUGAUGAUUGGCCAGCGGCUCUUCACAGGCCGUGUGGCGGUGGCGCAGGCAGCACUGACGUUCACCAGGCGCCUCUACGAUAGCACGCGCAGCUACUCGGACAGCAAGGUGGUCUGGGGCCCGAAGGGCAACGCCUCGUUGACCGACAUCCCUCAGUUGAACGCCCUCUUCAAGCACGCUGAAAAGAAGCUGGAGAGCCUGAAUGGCUUCGUCGGGGAGUGUGAGAAGCGUCUAUCCGUGCACCUUGCCAAUGGCACGGUCGCGCCCCUUGAUCUCCAGGAUGCGAUCGCUUGUGCGAAGAUCGCAGCGUCUGAGAGCUGCAUCGAUCUCUGCUUCCGGCUAAAGCAGGACGUAGGCUCUUUUGCGCUUAUGGGGGGUACUGGCUUUGGCGAGAUGGACUUCUUGCAAGCCUGCAAGUUUGCGGAGGGCGACUCGCGAAUCUUGAUGCAGAAGCUGGCAAGAGACCGCCUCAGGGCCAAGAAGCCUGUCGGCUCCGACGGCGAGCAAGUCCUGGCCAAGGAGCUCCAAGCGAUUGCUUCGCAGGGGCAGAAGGCCUGGGAUGAUAAUUUUGAGAAGGUGUAUGACCUGGCUUGGACGGUGGUCACCCGCAUCGUUGAUGAACUAGCUCCAGGAACUCACCUCAGUCUACCUGCUGGACUGUCGAAACUCUGAGCACCCGUCCCUUUUGAAGAUGCUCUAGACUCCUUGCAAGCUUUGUUGAAUACAUUCAGGCGUACUUCCAGUUAAGUCUCCUCCUCCUACUCCAUAUCUCUCCGAGCCUCUGCUUUCUCUCCUCCUCCUCCUCCUCCUCCUGUUCCUCUGAAGCGGACCAGCACUUGGCAUAGGCCAGUGAUCGCGCCCAGCUCUGUGGCGGCACCUCGUCGGUGCAAGACCGUAGGCCGUGUUCCAUGUUCCGAAGUGAUCGUGUUCCGAAGUGAUCGUGAUCAGCAAAACCGCGGUCAUGCCAGGGUGCCCUCUGCUUCCAUGGUCCUCCGGUCAAUCCUUGGACAGCUUCGGAGGUCCAGAGGGUCCUGCAUGGACCUCAGGAUUUUGCAUCCCCAUC